UUCGUUCAUUUUGCUUCACUGAAACGAUAUGGGAACUCUAUCUCUAUAUCCAGUUUCCUUUUCCCCUCCUCUGGCUCUGACACACCGUAGCUUCCCUUCACCACACAAUCAUCUCUGCAAUUCGAUUUUCACACCAAAAAUAAGCUCUCCGCCCGCAAUCAAGCUCACCUCAAGGAAUUUCCUCAAUGGAUUCUUUGUUCUUCAAAGCAAUCGAACUGAGUCGGGCGAGUCACGAUUUCUGGAUGAAGACGGCGUCGUUGAGGAUAUGGACGGUUAUAUGAACUACCUCUCUUUAGAGUAUGACUCCGUCUGGGACACCAAGCCAUCAUGGUGUCAGCCAUGUACAAUAAUGCUUACUGGUGCAUCAGUGAUUGCUCUUAGCUGGGUAAUCUUGCAUUCGGUGGUGCUCACCACUGUUGUUCUCUCUUUGAUUAGCGCCUGGUGGUACAUCUUUCUAUAUGCUUACCCCAAGGCAUAUUCAGAUAUGAUAGCUGAGCGGCGGAAAAAGGUGACUAGCGGUAUAGAGGAUACAUUUGGUGUAAGAAAGAGCCCAUGAUCCAUCAAACGACUGCAGUAAAAUUAGUUGUCAUUCUUCCUUCAUUUCUGUAAAUUACACUGUGAACCAGAAUGUAUUGGAUAAUUGAAGUAUUUAACCAUCUACUUACCUGAAGUUGUAGCUUAAUCUUUUCCUUUUUUUUUUUCUUGAGCUUAACAUGUAUGUAAUUUUCCUGAAUGUCUUCUUUUUGGCAUUGAAUAGAAUGAAAAUGAUGAUAGUCAUGA